GAGGAGGGGCGAUCUCUAUCGUUGGUGUGAAUUGUUCUAGAGGAUCUCACCAUUGAGAUCUAACCGUGAACGGAAUGGAGAAUCGAAACAAUGCAAGAAGAUGAUUGAAGCGAACAACGAGGGAUGGCUGAAGCUCAAAGCUUGACGGACUCCUCUUCCGACGCGAAUCCGAACCCCUGUCCCAUUUGUCUAGCACCAGUCACUCAAGAUUCUUAUUUGGACCAAUGUUUCCAUAAAUUUUGCUAUAAUUGCAUCAUAAGAUGGACUAACACAAUUGCAAGAAAGCAGUCCCGUGCACCUUCAUCGUUGAAGUGCCCAUUGUGCAAGACAGAGAACUCUUCGAUUAUUUAUGGAUAUGAUGGAACUUCUUUUCAACAGCAUUAUGUUGGUAAAGAUAUGGGGAAUAGUGAAUUCUUUUCAGAAGCCCACAGGUAUAGAUUGAAAUGCUACUACACGGAACCAGGUAAUAUAGCAGAUAAGCUACAUGUAUCACGUUAUUGGAAGUUUUGCAAGUAUCUACAGCAGAACCGUUUUCUGCCAGACUGGUUAAGAAGGGAAAUUCAGGCUGUCAUGCAGGAGGAGGAUGUAGACAUUAUCAUGCAUCACAUACUUGGUGUGAUUGAGUCAUUGAGAAGUGAUUGGUUAAAAACGUCAAGACCUUCAACUGAAAUGGUGCAAGAAGAGUUCAGAAUGGUGCUAUCAAAAGCAGUUAGACCUUUUCUAACAGGUAGAACCGAAAAAUUUGUCAAUGAGUUAGAGCUGUUUCUGGCCUCAGGUCUGAAUAUUGAUGCCUUUGAUAAAGCCUAUAUCAAGCAUUUAGGUUGGAGAAUUCCUGAAAUAAAUGAAAAUGACGAUGGAGAACCACUUGAGCAUACAUCUGUACUUCCGUGCUUGUACAUCCUUGAUGAAGAUUCUGAUGGAAAUUGAGCAUUUUCGCCUUAAUAAUUUCUUUUUUUGUCUCACAUAAGGAAAUGGUUUUCGUUUUGAGGCAAAUAAAUCUCAGUUGUUACAAGUAAAAUGUUGUCUUUUCUGUGUCUUCUUAAUGUUAAUUGUCCAUAGCCUGUCCCUGGACCUUCUGGAAAAAUAAUACAAAAAAGCAUUUUGAUGCCUGCUAA